AUGGUGAAGUGGGAUGAGCGGCUGAGUUCGGGCCGCGGGGAGAUGCCCGGGAGGGGGGGGGAGGAUUGUGUGAGUUUGGCGAGGGGGGGUGCGAGCGCUCGAGCCGGCGGCCUAAAGCUAGUGCGGUCGCGUCUGCGGUGGGGGCGGUCAGGCCCGGGCGGGUUUGGCUCGCGGGGGGUGUUGGUUUUGACGGGGGAUGACGAAAGAGAAAUAGCGAGGGAUGGGACGUGCUCCCGGGUGGGGGCGGGGGGGCGCUGA